AUGCCGUCCGAUUUGGCGUACUGGAUCAUCUCGGUGCCAUUGGAGGAUUCGGAUCCACACCGAAUGUUUUCGGAGCUGGGAAGCAAGCUGCUCUCGGAUGGCGGAUCGGCUUCCAACGAUUUUGGCCAACUCUCGUUGCCACCGUUGAAAACAGGCACUCUGGAAUCGCUCAUCUCGCUCAGCGAAGAGCUGCCCAAGCUCGAUGCGCAGCACACGCAGAUUGUGGCCAAGAUCAUCGAAACGCUGCGUGCGCUGCUCAACAACGACCAAGCAGCGCUGGCACAGCAUGUGCUCGUCAACGAGCAGAGUUUGGACGACUACAUGCUCAGUUGGGCAUGGAAUACGCGCAAGUACCGUGUAGACAGGGGAUUGAGGGAGAUUGUCGAUACCUUGUCAAAGGAGCUGAAUAGCAUCGACAGCGUCAUGAAGCACAAACUGGCCAAUUACAAUGCGGCCAAAGGCCAGCUGCAGCAGCUGCAGAGGAAGAAGCACGGCAACCUCUCGCAACGUUCACUGGCAGACGUGGUUCACAAGGACGACUUUGUGGAUGCGCGCUCCGAGUACCUCGAGACGCUCUUGGUGGCUGUGCCCAAGAACAACGUCAAGGACUGGCAGGCUCGAUACGAACGAUUGACGUCGAUGGUCGUUCCUCGUUCGUCCCACAAGAUCUCGGCCGACGAAGAGUACGCGCUAUUCAACGUGACCGUGUUCAAAAAGGUCAAGGACGAGUUCGUGCAAAAGUGCCGAGAGAACAAGUUUGUAGUGCGCACCGACUUUGCCUGGGAUGACGAGCUGGUUUUACGCCAGAGACAACAGCUUCAAGAGGCGGGCGAUAGCGAAAAGGAGCUCUGGACCGAGCUGCUUCGGCUAGCACGCACCAACUUUAGCGAAGCAUACCAGGCACUGGCGCACCUCAAGGUGGUGCGUACGUUUGUCGAGAGCGUGCUCAGGUACGGUUUGCCUGCCGACUACUUUGCGGUGAGCAUCCGACCGAACGCCAAGAGAACAAAGGCGUUGAUGGCUACGUUGCAGAACCACUACGCGUAUCUGGAGAGUUACAACCAGAGCGGCAAGAGCAGCCGCAAGAAGCACAAUGACGCCAACGCGGCUGAUGCGCCUGGCGAGUAUGCGCAGCUGUUGGAGGAGGAACAGUUUCCGUUUGUCCUCACCGAGCAGUACAUGGUGGCUGCUUGA